GGGUUGCUCAAGAGCUGUUCCAGUGGAGGGCGUGUCCUCCUCCCAGACAGUCCAUGUGAACUCUCCACUAUGUUUCUUUUCACACAUAAAACUAUAACAAAGAAGACUCCGCCACACUCUUUUCGACACUUUUUAAAGGCCAUGAGAACAUAACUCGGACGCUUUUUGGGAAGCUGUAAAGGGGCGGGGUAGGGGGGUGUCCGGGACGGCCGAACCCGUCGACUUGACGCAUUUACCGGACACUGCUGGAGGAGUCACCCACUCGGCUGAAUCACUCCCGCUUUUUUUGUUGUUGUUGUUAUUGUUGUGUCGCUCAAGUCCCAACAUGCUGCAGGAUGGAAGCGGGAAGGAGAAGCCAGCUCCUAUUGCCGAAGCCGAGCGAGAAUCGCCGCCGACUGACCCGAAGCAAGAGCCGACUUCCCCGGCCGCCGAGGCGAGCCUCUUCCCGCUGCCCGGCUUCACCAAAGCGGACAUCAAGAGACACUCCGUGACGGAUGAUUACAAAAUCUCCAGUCAGGUCCUGGGUUUGGGCAUUAAUGGCAAAGUUCUGCAGUGUUUCAACAGGAAGACUGGAGAGAAGUGCGCUCUCAAGAUCCUCUAUGACAGCCCCAAAGCGAAGCGAGAAGUGGAGCUUCACUGGCGGGUCUCUGGCGGGCCGCACAUUGUCCCAAUUCUUAACCUGUAUGAAAACAUGCAUCAGGGGAAAAAGUGCCUGCUCAUAAUCAUGGAAUGUAUGGAGGGUGGAGAGCUGUUCAGCAGGAUCCAGGCCAGAGGCGACCAAGCUUUCACAGAGAAAGAGGCGUCAGAGAUUAUGAGAGACAUCGGCUCAGCCAUCGAGUUUCUGCACAAUAUCAACAUUGCCCACAGAGACAUCAAGCCCGAAAACCUGCUGUACACCUCCAAGCACAAAAACGCCAUCCUCAAACUAACAGACUUUGGCUUCGCAAAGGAGACCUCCCAACACAACCCUCUGCAGACCCCUUGCUACACACCUUAUUACGUGGCACCAGAGGUUUUGGGUCCGGAGAAAUACGACAAGUCAUGUGACAUGUGGUCUCUGGGCGUCAUCAUGUACAUCCUGUUGUGCGGGUUCCCCCCGUUUUACUCCAACACGGGUCAGGCUAUUUCACCAGGAAUGAAGAGGAGAAUCAGGAUGGGCCAGUAUGAGUUCCCCAAACCAGAGUGGGCUGACGUGUCUCAGGAAGGUAAAGACUUGAUUAACCAGCUGCUGAAGACGGACCCCAAUGAGAGAAUGACCAUCACCCAGUUUAUGAAUCACCCUUGGAUUAGUCAGUCCAUGGCGGUUCCCUCCACGCCGCUCCACACCACCAGGGUGCUGACUGAGGACAGAGAGAUGUGGGAGGACGUCAAGGAGGAGAUGACCAGCGCCUUGGCGACCAUGCGCGUGGACUACGACCAGGUGAAGAUCAAGGACCUGGACACCUCCAGCAACCCGCUCCUCAACAAGAGGCGCAAGAAGGCUGCGGCGGGGGCCAAGAGCAGCGGCCCUGCAUGUCAAAGUCAGUGACUCCCUUCAAUGCAACACCACCGGCUGCUUUGGACGGUUUAAGUGGAUGAAUAGACAACAUUGAAAUAUUGACAGGGGACAAUUCAGACUUUUUACACAGCCUCAUGUUUCUAGGAGGGUUUUUUUAAAUGACAUUUUUAGACUCCGAUAGGUUUGAUACAGUAUUUGAAGUUUGCACUGACCUGGCGUGGACCGACUGUGAAAGUGGAGAUUUUAGAGCCGCUGAUUAUUGUCAGCAUUCAGACCUACUCUGGUGUAACCAUCAGAGUAUUUUUAAUUGAAAAUAAACCGGCCAAUUAA